AUGGGGUAUGAUGCGCAGGUGUGUGAGGAUGAGGGGCCGACCAGCAUCAGCUGCAUACAGGGAGGUGACACGGCCUACAUACUGCUCUGCACCGCGCUGGUGUGGCUCAUGACGCCCGGGCUGGCGUUCUUCUACGGAGGUCUGGUGCGUGAGAAGAACUUCUUGAACACCCUCUACAUGAACAUUGCCGCUAUCGGCGUCGUCACGAUCCAGUUCGUGUGGUUCGGCUACUCGUUCGCCUUCAGCUGGUACUCCAAGGGCUUCGGUGACGGUGCCUGGGUCGGUCUCCGUGACCUCGGCCGCGGCCCUAACCCGGACUACGCCACGAGCAUUCCUCACGAUAUCUACUCCUUCUUCCAGCUCACGUUCGCCAUCAUCACGACUGCUGUCAUAUCGGGAGCCAUGGUGGAGCGGAUCUCGUUCCGAGCGUGGGUCGUGUUCAUCUUCCUCUGGACCACCGUGGUCUACGACCCCAUCGGUAACACCCCCAGCCCAUCCCUCAAGUCACUGCGGAAACCAACGCGUUAUCUCUCUGCAGCGCACUGGGUGUGGUCGGCCAAGACCACGUCUUCGGGCUACGAGCUGGGCUUCCUGCGCGACCUUGGUGCGCUCGACUUUGCCGGCGGUACCGUGGUGCACAUGGCCUCCGGCUUCUCGGCCCUCACGGCCUGCGUCAUCUGCGGCCCGCGCCACAACGUUGACCUCAAGUCGCCGCCCGAAGCGCACAACGUGCCCCUGUUUGUGCUGGGCACGGCUAUGUUGUGGUUCGGUUGGUUCGGCUUCAACGGCGGCUCCGCCCUGGCGGCCAAUGAUCUGUCUUCGCUCGCCAUGUACAACACUCAGAUCGCCGCCUGUGCUGCUUUCACGACCUGGAUGGUGAUCGACGCCUUCUUCAAGCGAGCCGUGACAGUGGUCGGGCCUUUGUCGGGAGCCGUCGUGGGCCUGGUGGCCAUCACUCCGUGCUGUGGGUUCGUGCACCUGCAGAGCUCGCUAGCCAUCGGAUGCAUCUCCUCGCUAGUGGCCUGGCCUCUGAUGCACAUCAAGUCCCGCUACCUGGCCGGUCGGUGGUUGAUGAAGUACGUCGACGACUCGCUCGACGUCUUCCUCUGCCACGGUGUGGGUGGCAUGCUGGGCGCCUUCCUGCUCGGCUGGUUCGCCUCACUCGAAGUCAACCCGGCUGGCGCCGACGGCAUCCUCUUCGGCGGUGGCAAGCUGCUCGGUUGGCAGGUGAAGCGAUCUCUCGACAUCUCUGCACCCUCUCGAGCCAGCUUGCUUACCCUUUUCGAUUCGCAGAUCAUCGCCAUCUUGAUCACCAUCGCGCUGUCCGUGGUUGGCACCGCGGCCAUCCUGAUCUUCCUCAAGUUCACCAUCGGCAUCCGCUACUCGCCCCAGACCCAGGGCAAGGGCGUCGACUCCGUCGCCCACCUGUCCUUGGCUUAUCGGUUUUCGGAGGAGAACCCCGAUGGCUCUGUGGUUAUUGAAGACGAAGAGGGCGGUUCGCUUGCGAGCCGGAUCGCGGAGUGGAACCUGUUGGACUUCACCGUGCGCCACAUCCGAAAGUGUCUCGGCAAGGAGGCAGCCGCCGACGACACCGAGAUGAAGGAGGUCAACUGA